CACGGUGCGGAGUGAGGAGCGGCAGCGCUGCCGCAGCCGGAGCGCCCCGGGCCGCCCUCUCCCCGCGCUCGCCCGCCCUGACGCGUCGCGGCCGCCGCCGCUGUGGGGAGCGCGGAUCGCAGGGGCCCGCGGGGCGGUGCGGCGGCAGCAGCAGCAGCCGGUGAGGAGGAGGAGGAGGAAGGGGAGAGCGGGAUGGAGGAGAAGGUCUUCACCAAGGAGCUCGACCAGUGGGUGGAGCAGCUCAACGAGUGCAAGCAGCUGUCCGAGGGGCAGGUGAAGAGCCUCUGCGAGAAGGCUAAAGAAAUUUUGACAAAAGAAUCCAAUGUACAAGAAGUGCGAUGUCCAGUCACAGUCUGUGGAGAUGUCCAUGGACAAUUUCAUGACCUCAUGGAACUUUUCAGAAUUGGAGGCAAAUCACCAGACACAAACUAUUUGUUUAUGGGGGACUAUGUUGACAGAGGAUAUUACUCAGUUGAAACAGUCACAUUGCUUGUAGCUCUUAAGGUCCGUUACCGUGAACGUAUCACAAUUCUUCGAGGGAACCAUGAAAGCAGGCAAAUCACACAAGUUUAUGGUUUCUAUGAUGAAUGUUUAAGGAAAUAUGGAAAUGCAAAUGUUUGGAAAUACUUUACAGACCUUUUUGAUUACUUGCCUCUAACUGCCUUGGUGGAUGGCCAGAUUUUCUGUCUACAUGGUGGCCUCUCUCCAUCUAUAGAUACACUGGAUCACAUCAGAGCACUCGAUCGCUUGCAGGAAGUUCCCCAUGAGGGUCCAAUGUGUGAUUUGCUAUGGUCAGAUCCAGAUGAUCGUGGUGGCUGGGGAAUUUCUCCUCGAGGUGCAGGUUACACAUUUGGACAGGAUAUUUCAGAAACCUUUAACCAUGCUAAUGGCCUUACGUUGGUUUCAAGAGCUCAUCAGUUGGUAAUGGAGGGGUACAACUGGUGCCAUGAUCGGAAUGUAGUAACAAUUUUCAGUGCUCCAAACUAUUGUUACCGUUGUGGCAACCAGGCUGCAAUUAUGGAACUUGAUGAUACUCUAAAAUACUCCUUUUUGCAGUUUGACCCGGCACCACGCAGAGGUGAACCGCAUGUUACUCGUCGCACCCCAGACUACUUCCUGUAAAGAGAUUUUAGACCUGUACAGUAUUGCCAUGAACCAUAUGUUGACCUAAAGAAAAUGGGAAGAGCAACAGUAACUCCAAAGUGUCAGAAAAUAUUUAACAUUCAAACUUUGUUUUCACAUGGACCAAAAGACGUGCCAUAUUCAAUACAAAGCCUCUUGUCGUCAACAACUGUGACCACUUUAGAAUGAACCAGUUCAUUGCAUGCUGAAGCAACAUUGUUGGUCAAGAAACCAGUUUCUGGCAUAGCGCUAUUUGUAGUUACUUUUGCUUUCUCUGAGAGACUGCAAAUAAUAAGAUGUAGACAUUAACACCUCGUGAAUACAUUUAACUUUCCAUUUAGCUAUAGCUUUAUUCAGCAUGACUGUAGAUAAGGGUAGCAGCAAACAAUCAUUGAAGCUUAAAGAACAUUUUUAAAAUAAGUACCAAGGCCUCAUAUUUGUUCUGAAACUGUUUGUUUGUUUUAUUUUCAGGGAAUACUGUUUAAUUUAAUUGUAUUGAUUAUUUUUUUUUGUCUGCACUCAGUUCCCUUUUCCACUCUGCCCUACCAUAUUGUCCCUUGUAAUUGUCCAAGGAUAGUGAAUUACUUUGAACAGAACUGUUUUUUUCUGUAAAACAAUGUUACUGCAGGACAGAGCUGCAGUGUUUUUCAUAAUAAACUUGUGAACUAAG